AUGGCCUUUGGCCCGCAAGUUAUCAUGUCUGGAGGGUUACACUGUGAGGCACCGAAUGGAGCACCCCUUGGCGGCGUGCACUCUGGAUUAUUUCGACCACCACUCUCGCCAUCAACCUCGAGUUCAGCGUAUCUUGCCAGAUCCACAGGAAGCCUGUGCUCGGACUCCACGACACCCGCGUCGAAUGUGAAGAGAAAACGACUACGGGCUAUGGACACGACGCCACGGAAUGGGUGGGCGGUGUCGGCCGAUGUGAAUAUGGAGGACGAGAUGGACAACAGACCUGACUCAGGUACAAGGAUAAGCGGCGGCAGAGAGAUACGUUACACGCUCGCUGGACAGAUUGAAACACCCAGUGGAGCAUUGCAGAAGCAAAUGGGGGGUAUGGAGGACAGCACAUAUUCUGACGUCGACUAUAGACGUGCGUUGGGCUCGAAACGCCCACACGCUGACCUUGACUCACCGUUGUCUAGGCAUACAAUGGCCGAUUCGAGACGAGAUGUACCGCAAGUCGAUGGAUGGAGCAGAAUCGCGCUGAACACCAUAGGCGGCGUUAUGGGCAAAGUCUGGCAGUUCUGCACAGCGGGUGCGUUUCGCGGAUUCUACGCCGGUCCUGGCGUGGGGUACGCGAUCGGAACAGAAUCUUCGCAAAACGGACAGACCUGGUGUAAUGAGCACGAUGUUCCCACACUGCCUGUAGACAGUUGUAGCCCUGUCCCGGGCGGCUUUCCAGAGUCGGAUUACGCACCAUUUUACUACGAGCGCGAGACCCCCGAAUCCACCCCGCCCCCUGCAGCGAAACGACGGCAGAUAUUCGAUGGAAAUACAAACGAUGAACUCCGCAAGAACUGGGUCAUCGUGAACGACUCGCCUGACAAGUCGCGGUCCAGCUUCGCAUCUCGGACAAUGCGUCAAAUAGCUCAGCCGCAGACUCGACCUGUGCUGAAUCGUCUCAUCAGCAAGCCUGUGAGCCGUCUCAGUGCCCCGGGGUUUGCACGUCAGAGCUCGAGCCGAAUCAGCCAUGCAGGUGCUCCAGCGCUUUCCAACCGUGAGCCAGCUAGCUUCGCAAACCCACGAUCCCCCUUCGCCGUGCAACCACCCGCAACACCGAGUCGGUUGCCGGUGCCCAGCCGGCCGCAUACGCCGGCGCUCUUUUCUCCCACUCGGCUUUCCCAGCAACCGAGCCGGAUACCCAGCCCGAAUGUUCGCCCCAACUCGUCUCAAACCCGCGGCCACCGACGGACGCAAAGCACCGCGUCAAACGCCUCCGCUGCUUCAGCAGCAACCGGGCGGUUGCGGCGAUGCGAGGGCUCAGUACACGAUCUGGUAGAGGAACGCAGUCCAAGGCUGGACCCGGAGGCGAAGAAGCUGGCAGCUAGAAGGAUGCAUGAGGAGAGAGAGGCGGAUGCCAGAAUCAACGACUUUAAUGCUCGACUGAAAGAGAUGAUCCGCCAGGGCAAAGAAGCGCUUGGGUCUUCGAUUGAAAUUGAGGGGGAUGGAGAUGGUGAUGGGUAUUGGGACGAUGAGUAA